CUCAGACAAAGCUGGCCAGGGUAUGACCAGCUUGGGCAAGCUGUGAACGAAAGUCUGCAUCUCCUUAUGUACCGUAGCUCACGAACAAGGUCUCAAAACUCGGGGAAAAAGGCGACUACGUUGUCUUUGGGUACCGCUGAGUAUCCAACGCGAUUGAAUUUUUACCUUGAUCCUCCUACUGGGGAAAUUAGUCUAGAGGAGUUUGAGACAUGGGCUCUGGAUCGAUUGUACGUACUCAGUGAAAUUGAGAAUGCAAUCUUUCGAAACAAAACAAGAAAAGAAUUUGACCUUUUGCUGCGGAAAGUCCUGGAUAAACAUCUUCCUAUGAGCAGCAACAUGGCCCGAAGCGUUAAAGGUGCUCAGGUGGAUGCAGAACGAUGCAAGGAUCAUUACUCACACUUUAUUCUAAGACUUGCCUUCUGCCGGUCAGAAGAGCUUCGUCGCCGUUUCGUUCGGCUGGAAUCGAUCCUUUUUCGUUUUCGGUUCAUGCAAGAAGAGGCUCGGGAGCGACAAUCCUUCGUUGACAGACUCCACUUCCAAUGGGAACUUGUUUCAGAGGAAGAGAAAAAAUUACUUCAUGACAAGUUAACGAAUGCCUGUCAGCGGAAUAUUGAUUCAGACACCUUCUUCAAGGUUGACUUUAUUCGUGUUCCCGAUCUCGUUGAAAGGCGGUCUGUGUAUAUUUCACGUGGUAAUGCUUAUGUACCUUUUUCAGAGCAAGUCAGUCUUGUCGUUGAUGAUUUCGAGCAAAAGCUGUUGAUGGCGAUGGAGAAAACUGCAAAAAUACUUCCACGGUUAGACGAAGAUGACCGGCUGGUGCCUAUUCUCGACAACCUAGGAAAGGGCUUUAUUGCUCCCGAGUAUAAUAGCCAGUCUGUUUCAAAAAAAGCUGGCGAAUUUGGAGCAGACGAUAUAGACGGUUUAGUUCGUUACUUUCCCCUAUGUGCUCAACAUCUCCAUCAUUCCCUCCGUCGCGAUAAACAUCUUCGUCACUUUGGACGACUGCAAUAUGGUUUAUUUCUGAAGGAAAUGGGUCUGAGCAUGGAAGAAGCUCUUAUUUUUUGGCGGAAAAGUUUCUCAAACAUUUCAGACGAACGCUUUAGUAAAGAAUACCGCUAUAACGUUCGACAUCAAUAUGGCCAGGAAGGUAACCGCCGUGACUACAAGGCAUUUUCUUGUCAACAGAUUCUAACGGGUCCUCAGCCUGGACCGGGCGAUGCUCACGGAUGUCCUUACCGGACAUUCUCUGUCGAAAAUCUUACACAGGCAAUUUCUUCUCUUGGCAUUACACCCGACUCUGCCGAUGGUCGCGAAAUUCUUGACGCUGUUCGUAACCGACACUAUCACAUUGCAUGUACACGGGUCUUGGAACUCUCGCAUCCCGCUGUGGGUACGCUGUCCGAAACGAUUAAUCACCCAAACCAAUACUUCAACUUGGCAUAUGCUACUCACCCCGCAAGCAAUACCGGCAAGUAGAACUCAAAAAGAGCAUUCCAUACAACAUGCACAAAAAAACACUCCUCUAUCAACAACACCCUAGCUAUACAUUGCACACAAGCCUUCCACAAAAACACUUGUUCUGUUAUUGAGCAAAUUACAUAUAUACAGAAGACGAACUGACCGGCAGUUAAGCGUUUUCCCCCCUUUUCUCAACCACCCUACUGCGGAGCAGAUGAAAAAACGGCAGGGCAAGCAGGCUUUGUAACAAACGAGAAUCACAGCAAUUAAUAAACAAGCAUGAAAGACGAUGACUUUAACUUCAGAUGGCAGGUGUCUUAAAAGGCACACAAAACCAUCCUCAUAAAGCAUGUAGAUUUUAAAGAUUAGUCAGUCAAUGGACGCCUUCAGUAGCAUCCUUCAUAACGCAACGCUUUGAACAACCGGACGCAAGUCGUCCUCGUAAAAGCCAGAGAAUAAAGCAGCGAUCACGCGCUCUACCCCUGCCCAUCAAGGAGACUAAACGAAAAUAAUAGAUAUCACAGCUUACGGAACAAUACAACCGCAAAAGUGCAACGUUGGCUCGCACAAUAAGAAUAAACAGUUUCAGUUAUAAC